GUGAAGUGCACAUCCUCCGCACAGCGCGCUUCUGUCGGACACAGACGGAGCGAGCAGAGAAACUGCUGCUGUGUUCAGAAAAUGGCCGACAGAUUUUCUAGGUUCAACGAAGAGCGUGAUUUCCAGGGUGGGAAUCACUUUGACCAGUAUGAAGAGGGACAGUUGGAGCUGGAGCAGGCGUCCCUGGACAAGCCCAUCGAAUCGGAUAACAUCGGGCACCGGCUGCUUCAGAAACAUGGCUGGAAGUUGGGGCAAGGGCUUGGCAAAACCAUGCAGGGACGCACCGACCCUGUGCCCAUCAUCCUCAAAUAUGAUGUCAUGGGGAUGGGAAGAAUGGAGAUGGAGCUUGACUAUGCAGAAGACGCCACAGAGAAGAGAAGAGUGCUUGAAGUGGAGAAGGAGGAUACAGAAGAACUGCGGCAAAAAUACAAGGACCAGAUGGAAAAGGAGAAAGCCAUCGCAAAGGCGCUGGAAGACCUGAGAGCCAAUUUCUACUGUGAGCUUUGUGACAAACAGUACACUAAACACCAGGAAUUCGACAACCACAUUAACUCUUAUGACCACGCUCAUAAACAGAGGCUUAAAGAGCUAAAGCAGAGAGAGUUUGCUCGUAAUGUAUCAUCUCGUUCCCGGAAAGGUGGAAAGAAGCAAGAAAAGAUGCUGCGCAGAUUGCAUGAGCUGGCUGAGCAGAGAAAACAGCAGGACUGUACUCCAGGAAGUGGGCCCAUGUUCAAAACUACCACAGUGGCUGUGGAUGGAGAGAAGACAGAAGAUGGCGACAACAUGACGCCCGAGAACCCUGCUUUGACAGAUGGUACCCUGGAAGGAUCACUGGCAGAUAAAACUGGGCAGGCCUCCCCAAAGCCUGGCCCAACUAUUAGCUUCUCUCUGGGGAAAAACAAUUCCUCCUCCCCAACGCCUAGUGGUGGAUCCAAAGUCAGCGUGUCCUUCUCUUUUGCCAAGAAAGCCCCAGUUAAGCUGGAGACAGCAGCUGCAGUGUUUGCUGAUCAUGGAGAGGAGGCUAUGGAGGAAGAGGAGAGCCAGGAGGGAGAAAGAGCUGGAGGACAAGAGGAGACCUCCGUCUGUAGCACAGACAGCCCCAAAGGAGGAUCAGGUGGAGGUGAAGGUGAAGGAGGAGAGGGCACUAGUGUGGCAGGGACAGAGGAGGUACAACAGCCUGAUGAUGGAGGCUCUCUAGCCUCCACUCUCAACAAACUGAAGAUGAUGAUGAAAAAGGAGGAAGGAUAUGCUGGACAGGAACCUCAGUACUAUCACUAUAUACCUCCAGCUCACUGCCGGGUAAAGCCUCACUUCCAGUUUUUGCUGUUCAUGAAGGCAACUGAUCAGUGUCAGAGCAAAGAAGAGGAAGACGAGGAAGAAGGGCAGGAGGAGAAAAAGGUUGAAGAUAGUUCAGAACAGACAGAGACCAACGUUACAGAGUGUAAGACUGAAAAAGAACAAGAUAUUGUCACUUCGACCCCUGACCCAGAGCCAACUCCUCCAUCACCUAAAGUGAAGACGGAGGAAGUCUCUUCAUGCGCAGCAGACACAUCUUCCACUGUACCCACUUCUCCUACACAAAAAGAAGAGAGCACACAGGACACCCCGGAUUCCAACUUGGGCCCUAAAAUUCCCACAGGUCCCUUCUUCCCUGUCCUGAGCAAAGAUGAGAGCACUACCCUGCAGUGGCCCUCUGAACUCCUCGAAUUUACAAAAGCUCAGCCGUCCCUGUCUUACAGCUGUAAUCCCCUCUACUUUGACUUCAAGCUGUCCCGUAACAAAGGAGUGCGUGGUGGAAAAGCAGUCAAGACCUCUAAGCCUUGUGAAGAGUCUGAUGACAAGGGACAAGAAAUAGCUGCUUCAACAACUAAAGUAGAUACAACUACUAAACCCGGGACCAGCACCGAUAAAGAUAAGCAAACGAUGAAGGGGGAGUCUGGCCAAUCAGAAGGUGAUGAGCAAAAACUUGCAACUGGCAGCAGUAGUGCCAAGAAAAAAAAGAAAAAGAAGAAGCAUAAGAAGUCUUCGAAGCACUCAAAACGCAAAGGAAAAGAAAAGGGAGCAGCAGAAGACGCAGAGGGAGACACUGAGUUAACACAAGAGAAGCCCAAAAAAAAGAAAAAACACAAACGGAAGAAGAGCAAAAACAAGGCUCCGGAUCAAGAAGAGGCAACCGGUGAUGACAAAGAGAAAGCAAAACCAAAGUCUGAAGAUAAAACUGUCGCCUCUUCUGUUCAGCUGACACCUGGAGGAGGAGGAACUCCCGGAAAUACAGGAGUAGAAAUGGGGAAGAGGAAACGUGCUACUAAGGAAGUGCCUUGCAAGUCUGGAGUCGAGGAAGGUGGCACCGGGAAAGGCACGGACAAGGCUAACUCCUCAGAGGAGCACAGUGGCACCAAGCGACAAAAGACUGACUCUAGUGCACCUCAAAGUGCCUCCUGUUCCAGCUCAGCCCAAAAGAGUCCUGGUCCUGGAAGACCUCCUAGCAGCGACAGUGAAGAAGAAGGGGGCUCUACUACACAGCGUUCACGUCAUCACAGGUCGAGUCCUCGGGAACAACGCCGCCACCAUAGUGAGGAGUCAAGACGGUCCUGCAGCCGCUCAUCAAGACGAGGGGAAAGACGGGGUAGCAGUCGUCGUCGGCACCAUCGUAGCAAAACCUCACGAAGUCACUCAUACUCUAGCAGCUCUGAGCGCUCCUCAGCAGGCAGCAGUGCCUACAGCCACCAUAGCCGCAGCUACUCAGACAGCUACAGCGACUACAGCACAGAGGGUCGGAGACGGAGGCACUCCAAACGCUCGUCAGACUCUGAGUAUGAGAGGAGGGGUAGCCGAGGACGUAGACGAUCCAGGAGACAUCAGUACUCCUCUUCCUCCUCAGAAGACUCCCGCUCACGUUCACGCAGCUACAGCCGCAGGAAGAGGCACCGGCGGCACCACCGGAGUAGUUCAAGAAGCUCCAGUAGCUGGAGCCGCAGCACCAGUGCAAGAUCGUGGAGGCGCAGCUACAGUCGUAGCCACAGCUCCGCCAGCCGCUCCUCCAGUUCCACCAAAGGCUCCCCUCACCGGAGAGGCCCCAGGAGUCGAGCGGACAGUGACUCACACCGCAGAGACUUCAACCGCUCUCGCAUCUAUCGCUCCCAGUCUCCACGUUCAUCUUCGUCACGAGGCCUUAAUCGUAAUACCCAUUCAUCUAGCUCACAGGCUCUGAGGCCAGGAGGGUCCCGGGAUGCAGGGGAACAGAAAAACACCCUUACUGCACGCCAGCUGCUGGAGAAGGUUCAGUCUAAAAAAAGCUCUGAUGAUUCUGCCACAGGAACAAAAUCUGGGAUUAAGAUUAAGGACCCACCACAGGGAUACUUUGGUCCCAAACUACCCCCAGCCCUGGGAAACAAAGCCCUGCUGCCACUAUUCGGUAAACUUCAGGCAGGAAAGAAACCACCAGUGAUUCCCCUAACCAGACCUGAUGAGGGGGAGAAAUCAGGAGCAGGGAAGGGCUCUGAGGCAGAGGGAGAGGUUAUCCUGGUAGAGCCUAUAAGGGAGUUCCCUCCUCCACCACCACCUCCAGCUCCACCGGUCCAGAAAGUUGAGGAGGCCCCACAGAGCACAGUGGUGCAAGAAGAGACAACGCACCCCACUGCAGAAGCCCCAGUCCACCAAGAACCCCGACCACUGUUUGAACAGGAGCCUUCCAUAAUGAUGCCGCAGUACCAAGGAGAAUCAGGACAGGACCCCUCUCAGAACCCCAUGAUGGAAUCCCUCAUGCCAGAAAUGCAACAGCAGCCUCCAAUGCAUGCCUAUCCUGCUUACCCACCACCUAACCUGGAGGAGGAUGGCAUGGAGGCAGAAGAGGAUGGAUUGGCUCCUUUGGAGAGUCAGCCCAUUACGUUCACACCAGAGGAGAUGGAGAAAUACAGCAAGCUGCAACAGGCUGCACAGCAACACAUCCAGCAGCAGCUUUUGGCAAAGCAGGUCAAGACAUUUCCUUCUGCAGCUGCAGCCGCCGCCGCUGCUGCAGCAGCAGCCAACUUGGCCCCAGCUCCUCCUCCCCCAGCCCUGCAACAGAUCCACAUUCAACAGCCCACUGUAUCCGUAGCCUCUGGCACGUCGAUCACUACAGUGCAACAUGCCAUCCUGCAGCACCAUGCUGCCACUGCUGCAGCCAUGGGCAUCCACCCAGCGCAUCCACACCACCCACACCCUGCCCAUGCACAGUUGGCCCAGGUACACCACAUUCCCCAACACCACCUUACCCCCAUCUCCCUUUCUCCUUUGGGCCCCUCCCUUGGUCAUUCUCUGGGACACUCACUGGGACAUGCUGGGCUGAUUCCAGCCCACCACACAGCCUUCCUCUCUGGUCAGCCUAUUCAUAUUAUCCCAGCAUCUGCACUUCACCACACACCCUUAGCUCUCCACCAUGUCCCACAUACAGCCCUCUACCCCACACUUUUCACACCCCGGCCCUCACAGGCUGCUGCUGCAGCAGCUCUCCAGCUGCACCCUCUCCUACACCCAAUCUUCUCAGGGCAGGACCUCCAGCAUCCUCCUAACCAUGGCUCUUGAGUAAUGAUGCAAGUGAAGGAUUAAAUUCACAGCACCAAACCACUGGAGGAAAGACUUAACCUGAACCGGCUUGGUUUAGGAUUUUAGAUGAAGUCUUUGCAACAACACGCAGGCAGUGUGACAGGAAGCUAGUCAACACACGGCCAUUUUACUGGCCUACACAGCGCAGCAAGUUGUAACCACAAAGUGGUGCUGCCUGUGUUGGGCUCAAAAUUGACACUAGCAUUUUCUUCUGGCUCAUGUGAGGGUUUUUCUUUCAUGUUUUGCCCUGGUUUUUUUUUUAAGACAGGGUGUAGAUUUAAAGACACUGGGUUAUGGUCUACCGUGGUGUAUAUUAACAACAUCCAUUUGUUUCUGAAUGACAAGUCAGAGAAACCACUGGAGUUUUUUUUGUUUUCCAUAUAAAAAUAUUAUUCUCAGUUUCUGCUCAUUUUGGCAGCCAAAGAGAGACGUAAUGGCUGAAGCUAUACGCAGAAUCAUAUAAGGAGGAGAGGAAGAUGAGUAGGAGGAAGGUGUUGUUCUAGAGACAAACAUUCUGCGCUUCUGUAAUGUAACCUUCAGAGACAAACUGUUUCAUAAUUACUGAUACUCUGUUUAUAUUCUCAUAUGACUACUUGCUCUCUAUUGGAUCCUUGGUCUCAAAAAUAAUUUGUAAUGCAGUAACUUGUACAUAUAUCAGUGUGUAAUGUGAAGAAUCCCACCAAUGAUGACCAUAUGAAAUUACAGCUAUGGUGUCCAAAUCGGUAUGACAUUGUCACAUAAGGACCCCCCCCUUUCUAAAGGAGGGGGAAAUGUGAUGUAGGGGUUUUAACAUCCCUGAUGCUCUGAGGCAAAGCUCAUGUUCCCUGUGCUGAGGGUACACCUGAAUGAAUUGCACUGAAAUCUGUACAUCGAGAUGGUGCUUUUUGCAUCAUGUAACAAUAAGAUUGUAGUAUACUCCAAUAAUUGUAUUUUUAUGUUUUUAAAUUAUUUUCCAAAAUGCUCUUCAGAAGAAGGGCUGUGUUUUGCUUUUGUGUAAUUUUGUAAAUAAAACUGCUGUAGAUCAACCAAUUAACAUUCUAGAGGUUUUAGACUGCUACUGGAAAAGCAGAACGACAAGUUCGAUGGAAGAUGGACACGUUUAUGUAUUUUAGCAAGGUUGUUUCUAAUUUCCCCCUGCUAAGAUGGGCAGGGACGGCAAAGGACGGUGAUCUGUCAAACAGUAGCAACUCUGUAUUUUUUGAAAACUUACUCUGUUUCAGCCAAUAAAAUCUUGAGUUCA